AUGAAAUUCAAUCAACUUAACAAUGAAGCUGAAAGUGACCCAAACGCCCAGCCCAAUUUGCAGUCAGAAGAAACCAAAGUAAUAAAAUCAGUUGAUCUCUCUCUUGAGCUCACAAAUAGAAAUUCCUUUAUCCUAGGCACUGAAUAUGGACUUGAUAGUGCAGAUCCCUAUAUGCCUUCAUAUAAAAUUGAUAUCCCCUUUUCAGUGAGCUGCAGCACAGUCCUUGAUAUUUUUACCAAAGUUGUGACCAGAAAGCGCUUCCAAGUAAUUGAAAAAACUACCAAUAUAGCUACAGCAGUUCACAAAGAAGGAUAUGGCUUCAAAGAUAUCAUCCUCUGCUGUUUGCCAGCUGAAGAGCGGCAAAAAGGGAUCAUGUCCGCCGUAAGGCUCUCUAUUUCUAUCAAUGAGCGGAAAUGCACACGAACAGUUAUGCUAAAAGGCAUCUAUGGGUUCCCGCAAACAAUUUGUCCAGUAGUUGAAGAUUUCAAAGUAAAAAUAGAAGCAGCGUUAGAGCAGCCGCCAGAAGAAAGAGAAAUUUAUAUGAAUAUCUCAAAAGAGGCUGAAGAAGAAAGCAUAAUGACUUGUAAGCACGAGAGCUCAUCUUAUUACCAAUUUCAUAAAAUUUUGUCUUCUGAAUCAUAUACAUUAGGAAAAUCAAUUUCUGAUUUUAUCAGUUCUUUUACAAGCCAAUAUAGAAACCCACAAGAAUCAGUCGGAUUAUUACCUCAGCCAAUAGAGUCUAUCAAACUUAUGGUAGAAGACUCAGUAGAAGCUUUAUUUAGUCACUAUAACUUUGGCCGGACAAAUGCAGAAUCCAUGAUGCAUUUCUGCCGCCCAGCUGUCGAAAAAUACAUGUAUGGGAAACUUUUUCCUCAUUUAUUUGAUAUUUAUAAAGCCAAAACCAGCCUAAUUGAGCAGAAAUUUAUAGAAAAAAGGACUCAGAUCUUAGAAUUCAACGAUGAAGAAAUUUUAGAAAAACUGCAAAUUAAUGAGAAAUAUAGGCUAACAGGGGUCACUCAGCCUUAUGCAGAAGCAAUUGAAGCUUUACGGAAGCUUGAGCAGACCUGUAUCCCAGUAGAAAAAUUAAACUGCUUGCUAAGUAUGGUCGCAGCAAUGAAAACCUGUGUACUAGACUAUUCCAAAGGAAAAGAUGAGCUAAACUCAAUGGACGAUGAGCUGCCUGUGCUAAUGUACAUAGCUAUAAAGAGCCAAACACAGUUUAUCAGUGCUGAGCUGGCUUUAAUUAGUGACUAUGUAGGCACGAAGUUUGAAAACGAAAAAAGAAUUAUCGUAAAUUUAGAAGUAGCCAUAAGAUACAUAGCUAAUGAAUUUGAAUAA